AUGACCGAUCAGAAUGCCGGAGCAAAGGACGAGCUGGCCGGCCGCUCCAACUCAGCUAUCGAGUCCUCAAAGCAGGCGUUGUUCGACCUUUCGAGGGACGUGCACGCACAUCCGGAACUGAACUACCAAGAACAUUACUCCUCUGCGGCACUCGCUGGAUUCCUGGAAGGGAAUGGCCUGUCGGUCGAGCGGGGCAUCGGGGGAAUUGACACGGCGUUCCGGGCCAUCAUUCCUGGUGGUGGUGGCGAGGGUCCGACCAUCGCGGUGCUGGCGGAAUACGACGCGCUGCCCGAGAUCGGCCACGGAUGUGGGCACAAUCUCAUCGCCAUGGCCGCAAUGGGUGCCGCGCUGGGUCUGCGGGCCAACGCGCAGGACCUGCCCGGCCGCGUGGUAGUCAUCGGAACGCCGGCGGAGGAGGGAGGCGGCGGAAAGAUACGACUGCUGGAAGCGGGUAUGUUCGAGGGUGUGGAUGCCACCCUGUCGUCCCAUCCGUUUUCCAACCGUACAAUCAUUCCAGGGGCAGCUCCGAAGGGAGAGAGUUGGAGCUUGGCCAUGGUCGGUUACCGGUACAUGUACCACGGCCAGGCUGCCCACGCCGCCGCGGCCCCGGAGGCCGGCAUCAACGCAUUGAACGCGGUCAUCCACCUGUUCACUGGGAUCGAUGCCCUGCGCCAGCACCUGCGGGACGACGUACGCAUUCACGGGGUCAUCACCGACGGGGGCACUGCGCCCAACGUGGUGCCCGAGUUUGCCGCCGCCAACUUCAUGCUGCGCUCAAGGGAUGGACGAUACCUGAGCGACGAGGUGGUGGGUAAGGUAAGACAUGUGGCGGAAGGUGCGGCUUACAUGACAGGCGCCCGCCUCGAGGUCGAGGAGUUCUAUCCCUUCUACGAAAACGUCCAGCCCAAACGUGACUUUGGCCCAGGCGGUGGGAGCCAACGCAAAGGCGCUGGGAAUUAA